CUCCUACGUAUCGACUUCUCACCCUUAACAGUCGUUCGUCAAGGGAAUGAAGGGGCAAAUGUCAGCAUCGUGCGAGUAAUCCAGGUGCUCCUUCCGCAAUUCACCAUCCUCGCAUCCCUACCAUAUGUGAGCCCCAAGUUGGGGUCUUCAACAAAGGAAAGGCACUCCAUCCUUUCAGCCCAUUGCAUUUAGCCUCGGGAGCACCCGUUAAAAAGCAUUGACUAUAUGCCACCGAUUGUGGAGCUAUUAGUACCACCUUUAUGGAAUUCUUGGCCAACUACUUUGGCGGUACAUCUAGUUCCUUCGUCCAGUUCGGUCGACAUGCCUCUUGAAGUUACUCCAGCUCCUUUUGCGGCGAGCCAACGGCUCCCAUAUGUUCCUGCAGUUCCGAGGCCGGCGGAUUCGGGCGGUGGGAUGUUUCCGUCCGGCGCAAGUAGUUUAGAUGGUGCAGGCCCCGCUAUGGCAGCCGCCUCUGCCAUCAUUCCCCCUGCACCUGGAGGUGUCGCCGGGCCGCACAGAGCAAUACCUGCAUUGCCCGAUGCGGGAUACACAUCUGUAAAUCCGCCAUGGUUUUCUAUGAGAUCACAAGGCCCGCCUUCCAUCUACAGUAGCAGCUAUGCUGGCCCAUGUUCGCUCUAUGAUUCUGAAUUACGCGAGCCUCCCCACUAUCAAGGUCACAUAUACUCACAUCAUCCCGUUAUACGAAAUGAGAAUUGGGCAUCUUCUUCUUUACCUGCUCCUCGACGCGGGCCGCCUUCGCCGGACUCAGUGAUGAUCCACCAUCGCCAUCACCAUCAUCACCAUCGUCGACACCAUGAUCAUGAUGAUGAUCUGGACCGUAAGUCUGACACGAGUUAUUACGCGAUGCCCAAAGAUAAGCAAAGGUCACGCGCCGGUUCCGUCAGCUCUGUCCCUGAUACUGAAGGAUUAAACGAGUCUCAAGCGUAUCGUAGGCGUUCCAGAUCUAUAAGUCAAGGGCAAACGUACAAACGCCAUCGCUCUCCUUCCCUUCCUCCUGGCAACGUCCACCAUUUGCAUACCUCCAUCUCGCCCUCUCCGCUUGCCGUAAACGAUGGUGAACUUCCUGGUAACGUAGGCCAUUCUGUUCUGCCGCCUUUGGAUGCUGCUCGAAGACCGCAGAGGAUGUCACUGCCACCAGAAGAGGAGCAUCGUCCAAGGCCUCAGCUAUUUGUACCACCAGGAUAUGAAGCCCCAGAGCUGAGAAAAGGCAAAAAGCAGGAUAUCAGAGGAGGGUUCGAAGCAACUGAUGAGCGACGAGGCCGACAUUCUUCGGCCGCUUCAGAGGACAGCGUCCGAUCCCAUCUACAUCGAAACAAUUCAACAUUCAUUCCGGGCGGCUUUCAAACGCAUAGCCGCCACAGAUCAGGGUCAUACCUUCUUCCGGAAUCCGGGUACGAUCGUUCUGCCUCUCCACCGCUUGUGAUGCAUGGCCCAGCUUCUGCCGUAAGUGGUCCCCAUUACCCUCCUGAUAUCGAAGGGAAUUAUAGAAGGCGGACUGCAUCCAUGCAAGGGCUUGAAAGACCAGAACAGACAUCAUCUGAAUACCAAAUACCCAGUAUGGCAGGAGGUCAAGUGGUGUACGAUGACAGCGCGAGUGUCGCAUCAGAUUCCAGAAUGACUUUGGAGGAUGGAGCUGUAUCAGGGCGAACAAGUCAGUAUGGGUUACCCCGGUAUCCCCAUCAGCCCAAGAUGGAUUAUAGAAGAUUUUGCGUACAGCGCGGCAAUGCAGACGUGUUCUUGGACUAGAGUCUGCUAGGGCUGAUGAAUUUUUCGCCCUCAUUCUGCAAAAAUUGUUUAAGAUAAUUACUUCUUUUGUCGUCCGGAAACUCAAACGACUUAUUGCCUCAAAUCUUUGAAAAAAUUUGCAUCUCUACAAUUCUGAAAAUAAUGCAAGUGAAUGUGCUCGAGAUAAAGACUUGCGUGCCCCUCUGGAGAAAUAUCUAUUGUUGAUACUAUUUAUGUAAUCAUAACUGUUGUAUGUCAAUUAUUAACUGGUAGUAGCUAUCC